GUCAGGACGGGACGGAGGAGAUCAAACACUUUGGAGUGCGGGUCCGCGGCAGCAGCAUCACUGAAGGCGCAGGUAACUUAUCUGAAAAUGGAAUUUGGGAGGAUUCUGUCUUCUGCCGCAUUCAUUUACCACAAGUUCAUCCAAAAUGCAGACUCUCGCACGGGGAGCUGGUUUCUCAUGUCGUCCCCUCUCCCCCAAACCAUCAUCAUCGCGGCAUACAUCUACUUUGUGGUUUCGCUGGGGCCGCGCUUGAUGGAGAACCGCAAAGCCUUCGACCUCAAAAAGGUUCUCAUCAUCUACAACUUCGGCGUGGUGGCGCUCUCGCUCCACCUGUGCUAUGAGUUUGUGAUGUCCGGCUGGGGCACGGGAUAUUCUUUCCGCUGUGACCUGAUUGACUUCUCUGAUUCACCACAGGGCCUGAGGAUGGCGGAAACAUGCUGGCUUUACUACUUCUCAAAGUUCAUCGAAAUGUUGGACACAAUUUUCUUCGUCCUGAGGAAGAGAACCAAGCAGGUGACAUUUCUCCACGUCUACCAUCACUCCAUCAUGCCCUUCACCUGGUGGUUCGGCGUUCGUUUUGCUGCAGGUGGUCUGGGUACGUUCCAUGCCCUGCUCAACUGCAUCGUCCACGUCAUCAUGUACUCGUACUACGGCCUCACUGCCUUGGGCCCCUACUACCAGAAGUACCUGUGGUGGAAGCAGUACCUCACCACCAUUCAGCUGAUCCAGUUUGUUAUGGUGACCAGCCACAUCUCCCAGUAUUUCUUCAUGAAGGAUUGCCCCUACCAGUUCCCCGUCUUCGUGUACAUCAUUGGCCUGUAUGGCAUGAUUUUCCUGUUCCUCUUCCUCAACUUCUGGUACCAUGCCUACACCAAGGGCAAGCGGCUGCCUAAGGUGCUGCAGGCUCAGAGAUGGGCUCACCACUCCAACGGAGUCAUGAAUGGAAACGCCAAUCACGAAAGGGAAGAGUGACGCACAACUUUGCCAUUCAGGGGGUUUCAGGGUUGACCUCUAAGCAAACCAAGUAGUCUCGAGAUUCAGCCCCAAUUUGUUUGGACUGUUUGUUUUAUUUGAUUUUUAAUUGCUUUCACUUGCAACUACAAAAGGAACAAGACCAUCUUUUAAAUUAUCACCGAAGCUAUAUUGAAAACCCAAGCUGGAGGAUUUUUAUGUAAUCCCAAGUGUUCAAAUGGAAAAGUCGAAAUCUCCCUCCUUUUUCUGCUACGUAUGGUAUGAAGAACUCUACUUCACUAUUCACGCUGAAUACACGGCUUCACCGGUGGCCAGACCACAGGACCCUCGGACUGGACAUCCUCCCUCAUCCAGAGACUUUUUUUAAGAUUUAAAAGUUGUGCAAUGAAAAAUUAAGGGUUAUUUAUUUCACUUGGCCUAAAAUGAUGACUUAAAAAAAAAUAGGGUGAUUAGGCCAAGCGCACGUUCUUUUGUUCAGUUAGUUUAAUGGUUGCAUGCACGCAGAACACGGGUUUCACUAGGUUUCAUCACUAAUGCAUGAGAACUUCUCCAGGUCGAGUCGCUGCUGCUGCUGAUGGUAGAGACAUCAAAUGAAAAGAGUCGUCUUCAAAAUGACGGGAUGAAUUCGUUCUCCAAUGAUGCAGCGGAGCGACAGGCGCCGGAGCGGAACAACUGGACCACUGUGGUUCUUGGAGGGUUCACAGCAGAGCUUUAGCUGCUGCUUCCUCACUGAAGCACAUUUCAAAAAUAACACUUACUCGACCACUGCACACUCUGUUACACGGUUUCACUAUUCAAGCCAACCGGUAAGAAAACACGAGCAGCAUCAGUUGCCCACUUUAAGUAUUUUGCUUCCCGUAUCGAAGCUUUGUGGCAACGAUGUCCUCGGACGGCUGGAGUCACUACCUUUCAUAUGUUAUGAUCUUACACUGAAGUCAAUGUGGUGUCUGAAGACACAGGAUGGAUCUUGGUUUUGAAACCACCUCAUUCAGGUGAAAGCCCAUGUUAACAUUUAAGAUUUACUUGUUUGUGUAAUGCCUAUUUUCCAGUUCCUUUUCAGAUCCCUUUUUAUAAUAUAGUUAAUAUUGUAAGAAAUGUGACAAAUGUUUAUAUUGUAUUUUAUGUAUUUAUACAAAAAUAAAUGAUCAAUUUACUUUGAAA